CGCUAGGUCAGCUGCGAGUUCCCUCGCCGCUUUCGCUUCUUGGUGUUUUCUGCCUGCUCGCGUGCGUCUGUGUUGCGUGCGUGUGUCGUGCGUGAUCGGCAGCCCGAAAAUGCGGCGUCGGACAACGGCCCGAGAAUAGCCGCCGCCGCGACAGCAGCGUUCACCAUUCGGCCGUGUCCGCCUAGCAAGCCUCGGCCGAGCGACGGCGGCCGCCUGUGGCACAGUGCAGCGCGCGAUACGGCGACCGUAGCAAUGCCGCCACCUCGGCCUCGCGGGAGCAUCGCCGGUGUCGCCCGGCGGCGAUCGGCGCCUCCGCCGAACCUCCCGUGGCUCCUCGCCUGCGUGCGUCGUCGCCUACGAUGCGAGCUCGACGAGCAGCUGCAGCAGCGGCGACUCCGCGCGUGAACGCGAUGGGGAGCGAGCGUUAGGCCUAAGGAGUCGCGCGCGCGCUCACCCAACCUCGGCGGGGCGCUCCACCGCGAAACCAACGAAAACGGCGGCGUCGCCCGACUCCGUGCGUGCUUCCUGCGCGAGUGCGAAGACGGUGGCAACCGACUAGGCCUAACGCGCGUCGUCGGAAGUCCGCCGGCGCGCUCUCUCCGCGUCCGUGCCGGGGAGAGCCAGCGCAGGUGCGGCGGCCUCGAUCGGCUCCUUUCCGGCGAUCCCCUCCCUCCCGUCGGUGUUAUUGUGCGUCCGCGCGCGCUCCUGCUGCUGCCGCCGGCUCGUAGCAAGAACAGCGCGGGCAGCGCAGGGCUCUCGUUGUACUACACUUGAGGAGCGGUGCCAGGUUGGGACGACGACCCUGAGUGUGUGUGUGCUGGAUCGGCGGCCGCAGGCGUCGCGCUGGUGGCUGGCGCGCGGCCCGCGAGCUUGCUGGUCCCGUUGGAAUGGUGGCCGCCUCACCACGGCACCGAGGCUAGAGCACAGUGGCCGCACCGUGGCACCGCGCGAGCGCCUGGCCAUGGCGUACCGCCGCAAGACGGACACUGGAGGAGGCGGCGGCGGCAACAGCCAAGCCAGCGGGUCGGCCUCCUCGGCCGCCGCGACCGGCAACGAGGAGAACCCAAACCAGAUCGUCUGCCGUAAGAUGGAGCACAUCGUGGAGCGCAUGCAGAACGAACAGACCGGUGUGCCCGUGCGGACGGUCAAGAGCUUCAUGUCCAAGAUACCCAGCGUGUUCACCGGAGCUGAUCUGAUUGCGUGGAUGAUGAAGAACCUUGACGUCGACGACCAGACGGAAGCUCUACACCUGGCACACCUCAUGGCCUCGCAUGGCUACUUCUUCCCCAUCGAUGACCACGUGCUCACCGUUAAGGCAGACGGCACCUUUUAUCGCUUCCAGACGCCUUACUUCUGGCCCUCAAAUUGCUGGGAACCUGAAAAUACUGACUACGCCGUGUACCUGUGCAAGAGAACAAUGCAGAACAAGGCCCGCCUGGAACUGGCUGACUAUGAGGCUGAGAACCUGGCCCGGCUUCAGAAGAUGUUCUCACGCAAGUGGGAGUUCAUCUUCAUGCAGGCUGAGGCCCAGGCCAAGGUUGACAAGAAAAGGGACAAGUUAGAAAGGAAAGUCCUCGACAGCCAAGAGAGGGCUUUUUGGGAUGUACAUAGGCCAGUGCCGGGCUGUGUAAAUACUACGGAAAUCGACAUUAAGAAGGCCUGCCGCAUGAACAAACCAAUCAAAAGCGCAAAGCACUUGCAGUGCGCAGUACCUGGCGGACGCAUCAGUCCCAGCGUGUCGGAAGGCGAGAUUAACACACCGCUAGACGUUCUCAAAAAGGAGGUGGAAACGCUCAAAGCGAGGCUCGAUGGUGGCAAUGUCAAGAUCACCGCAGCUCUUGAAACGUACAAAUCGUAUUACGAAAAGCACGCAGAGUACGAUGGCUUCUGUAUGCCGCUUGAGCCUUCCAACCCCUGGAUCUCGGACAGCACUGAGUUCUGGGAAGUGGAAAAGCAGACAACCAAUGUGCCACCGCGUCGGGUGCGUCGCUGGAAGAACUCCCUGCAGGAGCUGCUCCGGGACCCUGCGGGUCGGGAGCACUUCAUCCAGUUUCUCGAGAAAGAGUUUAGCCUCGAGAACCUUAGGUUCUGGGAGGCUGUGCAAGAACUGAAGCAAAUUCAUCUGAAAGAUGUCCCCAUCAAAGUACAAGAGAUAUGGAACGAGUACCUGGCUCCUGAUGCCAACUGUCCCAUCAACAUCGACUCGAGAAGCUACGAGAUCACCAAGGUCAACAUGCAGAAUCCCGACCGGUGGACGUUCGACGAAGCUGCCUGGCACGUCUACUUCGUGAUGAGGAACGACAGCUAUAGACGAUACACCAAUUCUGCCAUGUACAUGGAUUACGCUAACGGCACUAAGAAGAAGACCUCCGUGAAGGGGCUCCGCUCUGUGAUAUCGUUCACGGCCAAGAAGGACCCGGGUCCAUCCUCCUCCUAGCUUGCCCGCCGCCAUGGCUGCCUUGCGCAUGCCAAAGUAGACUGUUCAUACCCAAGCUGCCCAGUCUUAGUAUAGGAUCGUGAGAGGAAAAACGAGCCAAUGCCCCUUGUCUGCUUGCUCCGCGCCGUUCUGCUCCCGACGAACAACCGCCACCAGCCAACAACAAAAACCACCACAAGUUAGACCCCCAACUGCUGUAAGGUCAGGCCGUCAACGACACUGUGUGCGGAGACAUGCCAUCAGCAACGGCCAUGAUGAACCGAACUCUUCUUGUUCUUCUUCUUCUUCUUCUUGCCACCAAUACCACUUCGAAGAAGAAACCAAAUGGGUCUGCCACAGUCCCCUUCUUCGUAGUGGGUGGUGGCCCCACGUCGCCAGCAAAGAAGGACUCUCGAAACCGUAAACGCCGUCGGACAGGAGAAGGCUGUUGACCAGUCAUCCAGUGUGCCACGCUUCCGGACGCAUUGACCACAAAGCAACGGUGUUGCACGCCGAGGGUGUCCAUUGUGCGGGACGUUGCUUUUCGUUUGCGUUCCCUCGGGAAAGGUGAAGCCACGAUUGCUCCUUGAUUCUCCUUAUCGACGUCUCUGUCCCUCUCUCUUGUGUAGUUUUCUACUGCUGCUCCGUGUUCUGAGUUUCCCCUGUGCGCGUCCGCGAUGCGGACGGUGACAAAGUGUUGCCAGAGGAGCCUGCAAGCGUUACCUGCAAUAUGUGUGAUAGGUUUGAUGGGCAGGCAUUCCAUUCAAUGGCCACAACUCGCGAGGCAUGCAUUGUGCAAAAGUCAUUCCCCAUGGAUAGCCUCAUCUGUGCAUACAAUGCAAAUGUCAUCACUGUUGGAUUGCUGUCCGCUUAAAAGCAAGUACAGUCGGCUUGGGGUAAUACAAACUCAGAUAACCCAAAAUUCUAGUUUGUUCAAAGAAAAAUAAUGAUUUUGUUUGGCCUACUAUGUUUUCAAUGCAAAUUAAGCUUCUUUCAUUAUUAAUAUUUAUUUUUAAUUCUGGCAGCUCAAACUUUCAAGCUUCCCAGAGCAACAGAGCAGUGUGGUCAUAGACAGCCGACAAGAGGGUAUUCAUAAUGCAUCAAUAACGAAAACAUGCUCAUGUUUGAUGUUCAGGCUCUUGUGUAUGGUAACAGACUUCACUACGAGGUGGCUCCACUUACACAGUUGCUUCCCUGCAGCUCUGAUGUACGGAAUGUGCAUUUGUGGGGACUGCCUCCUUUUUGUCUUCUUUUUCAGUGUAAUCUAUUAAAGGGGCUCUGAAACAGUUUUCUAACUAAUCGUAGAAUGGCUCCACUAUUAAGGGAUGAAUCUUUUGCCGAUUACUUCAUGAAUCUCCUGCCACAAACAUUUUUCAAAUCCUACAAGUAUAAGCGGGGUUGGAUGUAGUUAUUGCACCAAUGUGCGGAUUCUCCCUUCUUUCGUCUCCACUAGUGUGCUGGAAGCUACACAGAGGAGAUCCGGCAAGCGGGCAAGCCCCGCCCAAAAUUUGGACGUCUUCAUUUAGCUUUUGUUUUCUUCCUCUUUUCGAUACUGCUUCCAAGUCAAGCAUGCGUGUCACUCUCUCGACACGUGAUAGGUGCUUUGGCACCCAAAUCUACUUUGCCUGCAAAUACCAAUCAGCAUGUGCAGUUGUCUCAUCGUCUCGCCAAUGAAAAGGCUCGUUACGGCACCCUAUGGUGGCCAUGGCAUCUACACUACGUGGCACGUCGGUCUGAUCUCUGAGGCCACACACAGCAAACGCAGCUAUGCACAUUUGUUGUGGGUAGAUCUGAAGUGCAAAGAUGAAGUGCUUGCUUUGUCUUUUUGAGAUUAUAGACAUACAUAUUUUCACGUAUUUAACUCAAAAUCAGCAAUAAUAGUAUUGCUGAGAAGGUACUCGUGAUCAUGAAACCCACUAAUAUCGGUUGGUUGGCAGCUGGGCUGCUUGCGACGUUGCUGCUGACAACAUUGUGAAGGAGAGAGCAAGCAAUGUUUUACUGUUCUUCACACAAGGCUGUCAAUUCCCUGCUGCAUGCAGCGAAAUAAUAUUUAGCUCACAUGUCCACAGGAGCCUCGCCUACUGAUUGGAAAUGUUUUCUUGCUACAUUCAAAAAGUCUUUCAGGACCCCUUUAAUGUCUGCACAUGAUUUCAUUUAGGAGGCAUAAAAUUGCAUUUUUGUGCUUACACGUUCAUAUCAGAGCUCCAUAUUUGGAACAUCUUUUAAUUCAACUUAAAAUUAUUCUGACUUUCAAUAACUCCAACAAAAAUGGAUAGUUCUUUUGGGUUUGAAUUAGCAAAAGUCGACUGUAUUGCUUCGACAUCCGCGAGCACACUAGCGGAUGCAAUUUCGGCAAGGGUCACAGUUGUAAUGGAGAAACUUGGAGUAUUCAUGCUGUGAUCUUCCACCCUCAUGGACAGGUUGUUUCAGGGGUGGCAUUUACAAGUUGUCAACUCAUGCAGAAAACGUCCGUCGCACUGCGUGCACGCUGUACCGGCGUGUGUCGAUCACCUGAACGGCACCUGUGCAGCUCACUCUCAAGUGCGACACAACUCAACGAGGAGAACAAGUGUGACAACUCAAGUGGGAUGUGUUUGUUAAUGUGCUAGGAACCGAAGUGCUGUAAUAGUUAGUAUCCAAUCUGCAGUUGUUGAAAGCUUCCAGAUACCUUAAGCUUACGUUGCACCAAUAAAGACUCGAGUAGCUGACUCCACUGCUAAAUCGACGGACAGCAGUAUAAAAGGAGCACCACCGCAGCUCCUUCUCAUUGUAACUGCCCGUAAACAUGCAUCUUAGCAGACUUCUUGAAUCAAUAUCAACACCUAGAAUUCAGUCAGACGAGAGCACGUCAUACUGCACUGUGGCUUCUGGUACGCUGCCCUUUAUUUAGUGCGUAGCAUGAACAUUGAAUUAGCGUGGGCCUGUUUUUACCACUUAGGAUGUCACUGGGACAUAAGCCAAUCAAAAUAUCUCGGAACACAGGAAGUUAUCAUUACAGCGUGCAACAUCACCUAUUGGACAUCUCCCCCCAAAAAAGGCUGUUUCGUACAACCAUUUAUGGUGGACGGGUGCAGUGCAACAGUCCACUCCAAUUUUAAUCAUUCUGUGCAUUUCGUUUUGUGCACUAGCCAGAAAGCCCCAGUCUAACGAGAUCAAAUGGUUUCGUGUUGUUAACCUAAUAGGUCCUCCUUGGUUACACUUGGCUUUAGUUUUUGGUUUUCUGUGCAGACUAACUGGAUCCGUUGAUUCUCUUCAGUGUAGUUAAAUACGGAAUAUAUUUGAAAUGGAAUGCAUGCUCUACGAGCUAUGCAGGCCCAGAAGUUGUUGAAUGUUGUUGUCGACCAUCUCUACCAGUGUAUCUUGGCACUUCCUUUGAAAUUGAAUUUGAAAUGUACUAUGUUCUUGCUCAGUGAUUGGUUUGCUAGGCCAUCUGCCAUUGGAAGAGACUCAUGGCAUGGUUGUAAGAGAGGUAAAUUGUGUUGAGUAAAGUAGUUUGGACAGCAUUGAGUUGCAUAGUUAGCUGCACUGCGGACUUCAAGGUUUGCUGUUCGGUGACAGAACCGAUUCCUUUCAUCCAUGCAGGCCCCCCCCGCUUCCCGCUCCUUAAAAAGAAACCCGAGGCACCAUUUAUACGAGAGGUCGUGCCUUGAAACUUGUCCCCACACUAAGAUAAUUUUUGUGCAACUGCUUUUUAUUAUAUCAUGAUUAGAUCAGAUCUAGGAAGCAGCUGUUUAUCACAUUUUUGUCCUGCUAUCAGAACUUUUGUUUGCCACCAUUACAUCCAAAAAAAGGAUUUUCCUGCAUUUUACUCUAUUUGAGCCAUCUUCAUGCAGAAAAUUUUGCUUUGAAUUAUCUGUCCAGAUCCUUGUUUACAUUCAGCCAUAGUGCAUGCUUGCCAACUUUUACUAUAUUAUCAAAAAAUUUCAGGUUCUUAUAGCUUGAUUAUGAUUGUUGUAUUGGCAGCAAUAAUUUACCAACUUUCUUGUUUGUGCCUAGCUUAGGGCAAAACUUAUUCCGAAAGAAUACAAAUACAAUCGCUGAACGAUUAUUUAUAGCCUGGUUUUUAGGAGCCACCGGUGGUACAGACCUAACCGUGCAAUAGUGACAGAACUAUCAUAUAUUGGCAACCAAAAUUUUGGCCACCAUUAUGCAGAUUCUUCAUGAAUACAUUUAAUAAAUGUUUUUCACGCAUAUCUGGCUGUGAAUAUAUAAAGAAGCAUGUCUAUUGUCAGCAUCCCUUCUAUUGUCAGCAUCCCUACAGAGCAAAGCCUGUAAAUCUUCGAUGAACAGUCAACAUCUCUAGUAGCAUAAGCAUUUUUCUUUACCUAAUUUUAUUGUUUCUUGGCUACAGCUGUAGUAUUCUUUAUGUUCAUAGGUUGACAGGUCUGGCAGUACAUUUUUUUGUUGACAAUCACAUAGCUCCCAGCGGGCACUGUCAGAAUCUGAAGUCAUGCAAGUCUGAUGCUAGAAUGUCAAGGCAGCAUUGCUACUUGCCCUUACUUCUUUCUCGGUGUCAUCAGUCUGCUCAUGGUGAGGCAUGUGGUAUUCCACAGUCAUAUUUUUAGUGACCUAGCUCACAAAAUGGUUUUUGCAAUACAAGACACGGACAAAAAAGGGAGGGGGGAGUACAGGACACGUCUUCUAGCGCAAAAACCAUUUCGCAACACAUAACCAACUUGCCCAAACCAUCAAUUUGACUGAUCCAGCCUAAACUUAAUCUUUUGUGACUCCAUAAACAAAAACAAAAAAAAACCGCCAGAGCUUACAAAUCAAGUGGCGGCAAAGCCGCAUCAGACUAGGACUCUUUCUUAAUUUUAUUUAAUAAAAACACACGAGGAAAGUAUGGAUACUUCUGCAGUGCUUUGAAGUUGACAGCAAGCAUAGUCCCAAAAAAGUGUUGCAGUGAAAAUUUGUCAAUUUAUUGAAAUUGUGCACAAAUCAAGGAAACAGGUGAAACCAAUAUUAACUGUCUUGAAUUAGGCUGUCUGGAUCUGUUCUGUCAUCUGCUCCUAUAGUUAUCCUGUUUAAAUGGUCUUCAUAGAAGAAACAAAUAAGAAGCUACAACUUACAAAUCUGCAAAUACUCUGGGCAUGUCUGUGAAGAGGCUGGGUGUGUCUCAGCUUACAGUUGAAGCGCAAUUAAUUUGCUCACCAAAUAAUAUACACAAAAUUGGAAAUGGAGCAGGCUGAAUAAAGCGCAGCAAGUUUUGACUAGAAGCUGAUCUUUUAAGCUGUGUGCUAAAUGAACUAGACAGAAACAACGAACAUUGCAAUCUUGUUACAUUUAUAUACCUUAAUGUUCCCACGGUGCCUUGAACUGGGGACUGAAAAUUCUCUAGCAAGCCGCUCACGGGAUGCCUCCCGAGAGGAACAGUGACAUGUUGCUCCUCAAUUGAACAUGUGUCAAUGUGUACAUGUACAGUCAACAGCAAAAGUUUAUGGGAUGUGGUUUCCUCUUCAAAUGUGAAUUCCUGUACUGUUAAGGCACGACACUUCGUAUUUAAUGAAUCGCUGUGCAGGUGGCAAAGGCUACUACAUGCUGGAACAUUUAAUUCGAGGCUGUGUGACCACGCUUCGCGAGAAUUCAGGUUCUUGGCAGAUCCUGCGUCCCGUAAACUUUUGCGGUUGACUGUAUUUGGCUGCAUGGUGCAUCUUGGCGUUGAAUCUAAUGAUGUACCACAUUGAUUUUACCGGGCCCUAUCAAGUUGCAUCACUACCCAGCAGGCGGUAGUGCGACUACAAUAAAGCGCAAUCAUGUUAGCGUGAACUCAGUAAAUCAUGUCUUUUCUCCCCCCUUUUUUUUCUUGGUAUUUGGCCGUGUAUGGCAGAAAGCUGCAAUAAUGAGGUAGCUUGCCAAUGCUAAUGAGUUGGAUUCUGGUCCUCAGAUAGCAAGCUAAUUUGACACCAUGCUUGUGGGCAAGCUUUGUCUGCUGUUUCAUGCACAGGCUCAUAAAUGGGGGGCCAAUCAUCCUUGUGUAGCGACUACCCAAGGGGUUUUUCGAAUCGCCACCGGGUUAACGGCAAGCUUAUUUAGGUUUAAUAUUGCUACUGCGAAGCAGCUUGUUAGACUUGUUGACCGACAGGCUCUUUCCUUUCUCCAGGGCACACCGUGAUCAUCACGCACAUCUCCCUAGCCCAUUGUGUUUGGUCACACCCUUCCGCCCGUGUUUUGUGAAGAAAAAAAAAAAAAAAGAACUCGUACUUCUCACAGCGCGCCCCCAAGUUGUUGCAGCACGUUCUAGCUUUCUUGUGUGCACAGUUUCGUCCCGUGGUGAUGUGGAACCUCUGGUGACAACCGUGAGUUGGCGCAGCGACUGCGAACUUGUUCACUUCGCUGUGACGUAGCAGAGAUUUCUUGCUGUCUGCAGUCCUCGUGACAUCCAGGUGAUAAUGCGCAUACUCACAUAUGAUGCACUGGAGCAGUUUUUUUUUUUUUCUCCUUCCUUUGGCUUGGCUUCUUACUUCUUCCGACAUAGUGAUGAAGAGCAGUUCAUGUGAGACAAAGAAAAAAAAAAAUCUGAUGCAGAAGUAUGUUUUAGGACUAGCAUAAUCCUGUACAUAGAACGACGCGUGCAUAUCAGUAGCUGACACGACAUGAGGAACCCGGAAAAUAGAAUUUACCCACUGCAAGCCGUUUUUGAGCAUCAGCUGCGAGCAGGGUGGCCAAACACAUCUUAUUGGUGUGAGGAGACGAAAAAAGGGUGGACGCCAGGAGGUUUAAAAAAAAGAAAGCAUCUCUGAAAGCAGGCAUUGUACCCAAUCUUUUUCUUUUGUUUGUGUGUGUUAGCACUGUGUCAGUCUCCUGGCCCAGUAUUCUGUUUACAUGCACAGUCAACACAGUUUUACUACGUUCAUGCUUUUACUACACUAUAAUGUGUGAAACGAAAAUACUAACCAAUAUAGUAUAUUAGUUAGCGACCGAUAUAAGUAUGUUGGUAAAUUAAGCAGUAUAGCAUGUUGAUUAGUUACAAACAUACCAUGUUGGUAUGCUAAACGACAGUAUAUUGGUUAGUGACCAGCAUACUAUGUUGUCAUUCUAACCGAUGUACUAUAUUGGUUAUAGUAAUCGACUAGUAAGAAACGUACCAUUGGUUUAAACAGUAUAUUUAGUCUGGCUGUGUUUACAAGAACUAGCUCAUACUGUGUGCUAGCUUGCCUGUGCUUGAACUGGCUUUUGUUAAGUUUAGUCUUGUGUUGCAAAGAACCACAUUUUGCUUAAUUGAGUUCAUCUUUUAUCGCUAGGGCUCGAACUUGGCGUUCGCUAUGUCGAUACUACAGCUUGCCUGUGAUGCGUCUAGUCAUUUACUUGAGCACCAAGAACUCCAGCAAGUUACUGUGAAACUGCAGUUUGGUACUUUCCUUUUUUUUGUUGUUCAGGAGGCCAGAUAUAUUUACAGGUUUUGUUUAGAUGUUAAGUACUCCGGAAACAUAUUUAUAACUGCUAUCCACUCAUUUUUAUAAGUUCUCUCUGCUAUGCCUUGGCAGGUAUUUUGUUCCCGCUACAUGAUCAGUUGUCUUGGCUGUAUAAAGUUGUGACCUUAAUCUUACACGAAGUCACAGCCUGAUCUGUUUUGACAGUUAUUCAUGAUUUCAUGUUUGUAGAUGCGUACGAGUGUGCAGGACCAAUAAAUUGGAAGUGUUAUGUUUUUGCACAUUUAUUGCUAUUUUUUCUCGUUUUAUAGAAAAGUUGAAUAGUCCCCUUUGGCUCCAGGAAUGAGCUCGAUCAUGGUCUCAAGUUUCGAAUGAAGGGACAGAAAAACACUGUCUAGUCGGAGAUGGGAUCUGAACAUAGACGGCAGACAGGCCAAAAUGAACGAGGUGUUUGUUUUACUGCUGCACUGCCUAUAAAUAUGAACUUAAGCCGACCUCCUUUAAUUAAACAUUCCACUUUGUUUCACUGUUCUAACAUAUUCAUUGUGCAUUGGAUGUACUCUUUCUCAGUGAUGCUUGAUUUUUCGCAAAUUUUCCGCACUGGUAUCAAGCCACGAUGUGGUUGUGUCUUUAUUUUGUAUAUUGACGUUGAUUGAAAUCACUUUCGUCACGCGUCUAAAUUGUGCGUUGUCUCCUAGUUUCUGAUCAGUGUGCAUGUGUACGCUUUCCACGAACUUAAGAAAUGCAAUACUUGACGCUACAUACUGUUUUGUCAGCACAUGGUACUCGGCAGAAUGCGUGCACCAAUUCCAUUUGCAUUGCAGUUUCAAUGACCGAGUGUUUGUUAUGCGCAGUGAUAAAAUUGUGGCUGAUGAAUGUUACAAUCUGUCUUGAACUGAAAUUGUUUUGCCUGGUGAUACAUGAAAAAGGUUAGAUUGGCCACUUUCAUUAAUUUUAUUUCGUUUCACAUCUUUGCUUUCUAAGCUUGGCACCCUUAUAGUUAACGUAUAUACAUAAAUGUACAUACAUUAAAAAACACAUAUAUGCAUACCUAAAAAACCAUAGUUUACCAGGCCUUAGCAGAAAAGGGAGAAGAAAUAUAUAUGUAAUUAAGAGGAAGUGUUUGUAAACUGCCUUUUGACUGCGUAUGUGUUCUUGAUUUCCUAUGAGAACAGACUAGUGUGUAACAUACGUGUUAAUUAAAACAAGUUUGUUAAAUCUA